GGGAACUCGCUAUCCAAUGGGAGACGGUGUUGUUUGUACGUCCCGCGCUAGAGGGGCGGAGGAAGGAGCGGGGCGCCAGGCUGCGAGCUGGCAGACUAGAGCCAGCUGAACGACGUAACACUGUACCAUGCUUCGCAAUGUCCUAGGAAAAACCUUUCGAUUUCUUGGGUAUACUGUGCAAUAUGGCUGCAUAGCGCAUUGUGCCUUUGAGUACCUUGGAGGAAUUGUUGUGUGUUCUGGACCUUCAAUGGAACCAACCAUUCAAAAUUCUGAUAUUGUCUUUUCGGAGAACCUUAGCCGCCACUUUUAUUGCAUUCGAAAAGGAGAUAUUGUAAUUGUGAAAAGCCCAAAUGACCCCAAAUCAAAUAUCUGUAAAAGAGUAAUUGGCUUGGAAGGGGAUAAAGUCUGCACAAGCAACCCUUCAGAUUUCCUUAAGAGUCACAGCUAUGUGCCUAAAGGACAUGUUUGGUUAGAAGGUGAUAAUCUCAGGAAUUCUACAGAUUCCAGGUGCUACGGACCUGUUCCUUACGGACUGAUAAGAGGACGCAUUUGUUUUAAGAUAUGGCCUCUGAAUGACUUUGGAUUUCUACGUGCAAGCCCCAAUGGCCAUAGAUUUCUUGAUGAUUAGAAGAUUUAAGUGAC